ACCGAUUAUUCACACAUUUUUUCUGAAAUAUACUUUUCCUUUUUUGUUUUCAUACAUAAAUAAUUAUUUCACACAUCACACAUCCAAACAACUCGAUAUCUAUUGUGGAUGAUUACUAUAUAUAUUAAUUUUCCAUUUCUUUUUUUCCACCUUUCAGCAAUUGAAGCAGUCAGCAUAAUUUUGUGUUUUCCGCAGAGAUUUUGAUACCUUUUUUUUUCAAGGGGAGAGACAUUUCUGCGGUGGUGGCACUGUUUUAUUUUCUAUUUUUAUUUUUCUUCGAAGUGAGAUUAUAAUCACUAUUAUUUUCACUAUUUCCAUUUUAUUCCACCUUUGCUUGUUGCACUGUGCAAACUUUUUGUCAAGCAUGUGAUCUGCAAUCACUGAGCACUUCGUACCCUAAUCUCAGUGUGAUUUUCAGCUCAUAUUUUCAACUGGGUUUUUUCAGUUAUUCAGUGGAUUUUUUUUUGCUGUUGUGGAUUUGAUAGGGAAAGAUAAAUUGUUUCUUGGAGGUGGGAGGGGCGAAUAUUCUGUAAUCUUUUAUGGUGUUUGGCUCGAGCUGAUCUUUGAGCUUUUUUUGUCCCCUAAUUUCUAAUUCUUUUGGGGGGAUUUUACUAAGAGAGAAAAUCGUUUAUUGAGGAUUUAGGUUUCUUGAAAAGAGAUUAAAAAAGAGAGAGAGUGAUAUUUGACUUAUUUGAGGUGUUUCUGUGGGAUUUGAAUGAUUAUUGGAGUACUUUUUAAGGAGGAGGUGGGAAAUUUGGGAAAUCUUGGAAGAUUUUGAUGAUUUUUGCUUCUGUGGAAGAUGGGAUUAGCUGAUGAUGGCUUAAAGGUUGAAUCUUGGAGCGUUGAGAAAUCUAAGGGGAGGAAGAAGAGAGAUGAUGAUGAUGAUGCGGUGGAGGAGACUGGUUGUUGGAUUAAAUUGAGGUUUAUUGGGAGCUGUAUUUCUUCAAGAUCUAAAGUUGAUAACUCUCUUAGUGGCAUCAGCACUCAUGAGAGUAAAUCUACGAACGGGACUAGUACGGAUCAACCAGUUGCCCCGGUAAUCCCGUCCACCACCACUAGCAACGCUGAAAGCAAUUCUUCCAGUAGCAAACUCGAAGAAGAACUUAAAGUUUCUUCUCGACUGCGGAAGUUCACAUUUAUUGACCUUAAGUUGGCAACUAGAAAUUUCAGACCAGAAUCUCUCCUUGGCGAGGGGGGCUUUGGUUGCGUGUUUAAGGGGUGGAUCGAAGAGAACGGCACGGCCCCAGUCAAGCCCGGGACGGGACUCACAGUCGCCGUCAAAACCCUGAAUCACGACGGACUUCAGGGUCACAAAGAAUGGCUGGCUGAAGUAAACUUUUUAGGCGAUCUCGUUCAUCCUAAUUUGGUUAAAUUAAUAGGCUACUGUAUCGAAGAUGAUCAGAGGCUGCUCGUCUAUGAGUUCAUGCCCAGAGGAAGCUUGGAGAACCACCUAUUCAGAAGGUCGUUGCCACUCCCAUGGUCGAUCAGGAUGAAAAUAGCUCUAGGAGCUGCCAAGGGGCUUGCAUUUCUCCACGAGGAGGCGGAAAGACCGGUGAUAUAUCGUGAUUUCAAGACGUCUAACAUUUUGCUAGAUGCUGAAUACAACUCGAAACUUUCCGAUUUCGGACUCGCUAAAGAUGCUCCCGAUGAAGGCAAAACUCACGUGUCUACCCGCGUGAUGGGAACCUACGGUUAUGCAGCCCCCGAAUACGUCAUGACAGGACAUCUUACAUCAAAAAGCGACGUAUACAGCUUCGGCGUCGUCCUACUCGAAGUGGUCACGGGUAGGCGAUCAAUGGACAAGAACCGGCCGAACGGGGAGCACAACCUCGUGGAAUGGGCUCGGCCUCAUCUAGGCGACCGGAAGCGCUUCUACCGUUUGAUAGACCCCCGGCUCGAAGGUCAUUUUUCUAUUAAAGGCGCCCAGAAGGCCGCCCAGCUGGCGGCCCGUUGCCUCAGCCGCGACCCGAAAGCCCGGCCGCUGAUGAGCGAGGUGGUCGAAGCCCUGAAGCCUCUGCCGAACCUCAAGGACAUGGCGAGCUCGUCUUACUACUUCCAGACGAUGCAGGCCGACCGGGUCAGCUCCAGCCCCAACGGGAAGAACGGCCUGAGAACGCACGGGUCGUUCACGAGGAACGGGCAGCAUCAGCAGCAGCACCCGAGGAGCCUCUCGAUAUCGAACGGGACCCACGCUUCGCCGUACCACCAGUUUGCUCAUAACUCCCCGAAACCAAACGGUAAAACAUAGGGUCGUCUCUCAUGGCGCCCAAUAUGGAUAUAGUUUGUGUUGUUGAUGGUGAAAAAGGAAUAUGAGUGAAGACAAGUUGUGUUGUGGUAAGAAAAAGGAGAUUUUAGUGUUGUAGAUAGUGUCUCGUGGUCGUGGGGGCUUCGACCAUUCUUUGCACUCUUAAUUCAUACACUUUCAAAUGUUUUUGAUUGAUUUUCUAAUUCUUUUUUCCAUCUCACUCCAUCUUGGGUUGGGAUGAUUUCUUCUCUAAA